UUGAUGUACGUCAUUUUUCUGCGGUCGAAGCAUAUAAAAUAAGAAUAAACUGGAAAUAGUUGGUUACUGUGCGAAGUGCCUCGUACUCCCCAUAUACCUUCACCUGUAUUUUUCUGUUUCUUUAUGUGAAGUUAUAAGUUCCACGAGCUUCACACUCUCUAACCUUCCCACCCAAACAGUGAAUGUUAUGUGUUUAAUCUUUUGGCUGAUGAGAGGAGCACAGAUGGAGCUAGAGAAUUUUCAGCAAACCCGGAUUAUCAAAUCUACUCCUUGAAGUCACAUCUCUUCUGUGUCUCAAAUGCUAUGGCUUUUGGUAGAUCAGGAUCUGUAAGAUUUCAAGAUGAUCUUGAAACUGCAUACUGCACACCACCCAAAAACAGUCAUUUCUUAAGGCAAACCUGUAAGAUCAAUGGUAAACAGACGCCUGAUCUGUGCACGAAGAGGUCUGAGAAAGAUGCAAGAGGCAAGUCCUUUGAUAGGGGAGAACUUUCCAGAGUCUUCUCUGAGGAUUAUGAUGUGGUGGAGAAGAUAAUAUUGGAUCCUCGGGGACCUGUUGUAAGCAAAUGGAACAAAUUCUUCUUACUGGCCUGUUUGAUUUCUCUUUUCGUGGAUCCACUGUUUUUUUACUUACCAGUGGUUAAGGAAGAGAUGUGCAUUGAUGUUACUCUACCCCUUGAAGUAGCCCUCACAGUCAUUCGGUCACUGGUUGAUGCCUUUUACAUUGUUCAGAUUUUUGUUCGGUUUCGGACGGCUUAUGUUGCUCCUUCCUCUCGAGUAUUUGGGAGAGGAGAGCUUGUUAUUGACCCUUCAAAGAUCGCUUCAAGAUACCGUCAUAAAGACUUUUGGCUUGAUCUUAUUGCAGCCGUACCCCUACCACAGGUGUUGAUUUGGGUCGCAAUCCCAAGUAUAAGAGAUUCGGAAAUGACCCCUUCAAGUAUUGUUCUUCGCUUCCUUAUCUUUUUCCAGUACCUUUCGAGGCUAUAUCUUAUCUUUCCCCUCUCAUAUCAAAUUGUCAAGACCAAUGGGGUUGUGAUGGAAACAGCAUGGGCUGGAGCAGCAUAUAAUCUGAUGCUGUAUAUGUUGGCAAGUCAUGUUUUAGGAUCCUGUUGGUACCUCUUAUCUGUUCAACGACAACAAGAAUGUUGGGAGAAAGUUUGUAGUCUUCAACACCAAGAUUGCCAACAUUGGUUCUUUGAAUGCCGUCGAGUGAAUAACCCUAUGAGAACUGCUUGGUUCAAAACAAGCAAUAUCUCAAGUUUAUGUGGUGCAAAAAGUGACUUCUUUCAGUUUGGCAUUUAUGGUGAUGCAUUGACUUUUAGAGUUGCAGCCUCAAGUUUCUUGAACAAAUACUACUACUGUCUUUGGUGGGGCCUGAGAAAUCUAAGCUCUUUGGGACAGAAUCUCUUCACAAGCACUUAUAUUGGAGAAAUAAAUUUUGCUGUUAUGAUUGCGAUUCUUGGAUUGGUGCUUUUUGCUCUGCUUAUAGGGAACAUGCAGACAUACCUCCAAUCCACCACAGUGCGACUGGAAGAGUGGAGGAUCAGGAGGACAGAUACAGAACAAUGGAUGCAUCACAGGCAGCUACCGCGUGAUUUGAAGCAGAGCGUGCGAAGGUAUGAUCAAUACAGAUGGGUUGCAACUCGGGGAGUUGAUGAGGAAGCUAUUCUGAAAGACCUUCCAAUGGAUCUCAGACGAGAUAUCAAACGCCACCUCUGUCUUGAUUUAGUUCGACAAGUUCCACUCUUUGAUCAGAUGGAUGAUAGGAUGCUAGACGCCAUUUGUGAAAGGCUGAAACCUUCCCUAUGUACUCCAGGAACUUGCCUAGUUCGUGAGGGUGAUCCUGUAAAUGAGAUGCUUUUCAUUGUCCGAGGCCACUUAGAUUCUUACACCACCAAUGGCGGCCGCACAGGUUUCUUCAAUUCAAGCUGCAUUGGCCCAGGUGACUUCUGUGGUGAGGAGUUGCUAACCUGGGCCCUGGACCCUCGUCCCAAUGUUGUGCUUCCCUCAUCUACACGCACGGUGGAAGCCAUCACAGAAGUUGAAGCUUUUGCUCUCAUUGCUGAGGACUUAAAGUUUGUAGCGGCUCAGUUCCGAAGGCUACACAGCAAGCAACUCAGGCACACAUUUAGAUUUCACUCGCACCAAUGGAGGACAUGGGCUGCUUGCUUUAUACAAGCUGGCUGGUUUCGAUAUAAGAGACGGAAAGAGGCAGCUGAGCUCAAGAAGAUGGAGAGUCUAAUGGCCUCCAUGCCUGCAUCUGCACUGCAAGAGAGCGCGUCGUUGCCGCCGCACAGCUCAUCAGAGUUUACCAGAUAUGCAGCAAAACUGGCAGCAAGCACAAGGAGAGGUGGAAGCAAGCAGUGUGCAUCGGACUAUGACAUCCUAAGCUCAUUACAGAAGCCGGUUGAACCCAAUUUUACUGUUGAAGAUAGAUGAAGUAAAGUCCUUGUACCCUGGCAAGAGCUGAAUCAGUGUAUAUAUGUUUAGUUAUGUUUUAUGUUAGCUUACUAUUCUGCAGGUUAGAGCAAUAAAUUUAUGGCAAUUCCUCAGUACUUGAGCAUUUCCAUUGAUUGUUAUUAUGUAGGUUUUGUUGCUUAGCCAUUGUUAGAUUAUGAAGAAUAUAAGUCUUUUAUGGUA